AUGUGGAUUCUACCCUUACUCGGAUACCUGGGCCUGGUGCUCGGCUUCCUCUUCCUCACCCUCGCCAUCGCCUCCGGCCUCUACUACCUCUCCGAGAUCGUUGAAGAGCACACCGUCAUCGCCAAAAAGGUGCUGACGCGCAUGAUCUACGCCGUCAUCGCCAUCCAGCUCCUCCUCCUCGCCGUCGACCGCUUCCCCUUCCUCCUCUGCGCCCUCAGCAUCGCAAGCCACGUCGUCUACCUGCAGAAUCUGCGCCGCUUCCCCAUCGUCAAACUCACCGACCCCAUCUUCCUCGCUAGUUGCGCCCUCGUCCUCCUCAACCAUUGGCUCUGGUUCCGCCAUUUCAGCCGCACACCCACGCGAUCCCCCUCGGACAUGCGGUACAACUACUACGACCCCCCGACCGGCCCGACGUUCACGGAGAUUGCAUCCUUCUUCGGGCUAAACGUCUGGCUAACACCCUUCGCUUUGUUCGUCAGCCUAAGUGCAGGAGAGAACGUGCUGCCGAGUAUGGGAUCGGAGUAUGCCACUGGGCAGGGGAGCAGCUUCAUAAGCCCUGGACGAGAGCCGGCUGCGGGUGGUGAUGCUUUCCGAGCUUCACACAAGAGAAGUCCGACGCAGACGGGCAUGGCGAAGGCGGCGGUGCAAAGAGUGCAGGAGUUUGUGGGAGACACGGGGGAGCUGAUGGGCUUCUGGAAGGGGGAGAGAGCCCGGCCGACGAGGUAUGACUGA